AUGAGUUUUGUUUCAAAGAAACCUCUGUAAGCUCGUAAAAUCGUAUGCCAAUACUACCCUCCUGCUCUAGGUUUAGUUUAUAAACAACCAGACAAUAAAACUAAAAUGUAUAAGAUAUAAUUUAAUGAGAUGGUUCAAAUCAACGAUGCAGAAAAAAUUACAUCUUUUAUAUUUGAUUAGCAUUCAUUAUAUUUUAAUGAGUAGAAUGUUCCUUAUUAACAAAUACUUGAAAAUGUACAACUCAUUCUAUCAAAUUAAAAACUUAUGAAAUCAAGUUCUUUGUCUUUUAAGAAGAAACAAUCGCCAUUUACAUAUGAUUAACCUUUUUCUGAUGAAGAUAUCGACCUUACUUGA